GCGGCGACGGCACUCGCACACGGCGUAAAUAACGUGUCGAUCGCGCACAGAAGAGGACCGAGAGAGAGAGAGAGAGAGAGAGGAAGAAGAGAAAUGGCAUUGCAAUGGCUGAUUCUAUCGUACGUGGUUGCUGCCGAGGUAGCGAUCGCAGUCAUUUUGACUCUACCUUACCCUAUGCUCGUGAAGAAACGCAUCGUGUCACUUGUCUCGCUCAUACUCCAGCCUGCCGCCUCCAUCGUCGCCUUCGCUGGAUUUCAACUCCUCGAUCUUUACUGGAAGAGUGAGCAUAGACUAAUGUGCUCAUCUGAGGUUUGCACUGCCACCGAGCGUGAUCGCUACGAGAAAUCAAUAUACAAGGCUCAGCGGAAUGUGGUUCUGUGUAUGGCUGGGAUCCUUCUCUACUGGUGUAUUUUCCGCAUCUGCAAGUACAAUAAAGACCUUGAGCAUUUGGAGGAGCUAGAGAAGAGUUACAAGGCAGAGUAGUAGUCUCCCCCCCAAAGUCUGGUUCUUCUGUUAUAAAUAUAACAUCGUCUUGUGAUUAGUUUCAAAACUGGUGGAAGACGAUGAUUUAUCUCGACAACAUCAUUUCACAGACCUUAUAUGUAUUUAUUCAUCUUGCAUCUUUGUUUUACUUUUUGAGAAAUAGAAGGCUCUGUUUUAUU